UUCCAGUGUGCUGCGCCUCGAGGUGUCUGUUCGGAUUAGCUGCAUGUGCAUGGGCGUAUAAUCCUGGGCUGGAGCAGCUCUUGCACUCAAGCUAACCACUGCCAAUAUCUGAAGUUCCUCCGAGUCAUCUGCUGUCGUUCGAGUUGACUGCUAUUAUGAAUUACAAGAGACGUGCAAAGGAGUCUGUCACGUCAGGCAACGUGGCCUUUGAAGGGGAUGAUGAAGACGUUCAGAAUAUUGUCAUUUUCGGGACGACCGGCUCAGGAAAGAGCUCCCUUAUCAACUUACUAUUAAGCAGAGAGGCAGCGCCCACGUCAAAUGAUGCAAUAGGCUGCACAGCGACAAAUGAGUCUUACCUUUUCUCAGGCGAUGCGACGAAGUAUAAGUUAUGGGAUACUCCUGGGCUCAAUGAAGGCUCUGAGGGACUCGUCCCUGCAAGAGAGGCCCUCGAAAACCUAACGUCUUUGGUGAAGGAACUCAAGCGCGACAGAAAUCGCGCUCCUCUUUCCAUCCUUUGCAUUCAAGGAUCACAGGCUGUGAAGGCCCAGCUGCGCCACUACGAUAAUCUCAAAUCCACGAUCGGUGCUGCCCCCUUUGCCAUCGUAGUCACGGGUAUGGAUGUAUGCCCGUCAAGACCUUGGAGCACGUGGUGGAACGAGCAUCAGAAAGUUCUGCAAUCGUUCAGCGCGGCCAACGUGGACCAUGCAUGCGUGUGUACGCUGCUAGAUGAUGAUGAGUCUGCGGGGUCUCGAGAGGAGAUCAUCAACCUCAUCAAGAGAACUACUCUCCGUUCAUCUUCCAAAUCCAUGCGCAUGGAUCUUCAGGGUGAUGACGAAGAAAAUCACGGACGCACACUGCACCGUGACACGGACCCGCUUAUCCCUAAUGAAGCAUGGCUUGAACACCAACCAUUCUUCGACUGGAAGGGGCUUUUCGCCAGGAAUCAGCCGUGGACAACGCGCAGAAAAGUAACUUGCGUUUGCAUUGUCACUAUCAUCGUCUUGGUUUGCCUUUUCGCGUUCUUUCAUACUCAGAUAGUGCGGGCUUUGCAGCCUGCCGUGGAGCGGAUUCAUGACUUGAAAUUCGGAUGGCUCAUCCCUAUUGCGAUUUUCUUUGUGAUAUCGUUCCCUCCGUUAUUUGGUCACGAGAUAUUGGCUGUCCUUUGCGGGCUUGUCUGGGGCACUUGGAUUGGCUUCGGCAUCACCGCAGCCGGUACUUUCGUAGGUGAAGUCGCCAACUUCUACACUUUCAAACAUAUUUGCCAAGCUCGCGGAGAUAAGUUGCAAAACAACAAUAUCAUGUACGCCGCUCUGUGCAGGGUGGUCCGCGAACGCGGCUUCAAAGUCGUGUUGGUUGCGCGUUACAGCGCUAUUCCAGGGCACUUGACAACAGCCAUAUUCUCAGUGUGUGGAAUGAAUAUCUUAGUGUUCAUGCUAGCAGCUGUGCUCUCUCUUCCGAAACAAUUCAUUACUGUCUAUAUUGGUGUGAUGCUUGAAAGUGACCCCAACUCAUCUGCCACUUCUACCAGCAAUAUUAUUGGUGACGUCGUUGUUGCCAUCACACUUCUUGUGACCAUUGCUGCGAUGUGGUAUAUCAACAAGGCAGUGAACGAAGUGAAACAACAACUCAUAAAGGAGCGUCAGGAGUCCCGCUACCUUGACGUCAGUGUAAAUUCGCCUGGUACGAUUGGUGCAGACGAUGCCUCGUCGCAAGAUGAUUCCUCUUUCGACGAAACGUCCGAUGAUUCUCGUGAUGACACGUCGUGUGGGGCUGUCGAUAAUGAAAGUCAUCCCGAAGGUGUACGCGGUCAUGCAGGCUCCAUGCCACUUCCCCGCCCCACUACGCGUACAUGCAUGCCGGAUACCGCGGAAGGUCAAAGCUAUGGGUUAAAUACCCUCCCAUAUGAUCCGUUCCCCGGUCCUCACGACGCCACGAUUGGCUCUGGGAUGACAUCAUAUGUCAUGGGGGCUUCGUCUCGGACUGGAGGGCCGUCUGCCGCGCGAUAGUACUUCUGCACACGCGAUUAUGCGGGCGCUCCGUGGACAGCAUCCGUGACACGCACCGCUAUACAGUAAAUAUUACGCCAGCACGUUGUGAUAAUUCUCUUUCAAGUGUGGAGUGCAU